AUGCUAAGGAUUUGCCCUCAACCAGGGCAGCAUGCUCUUCUUCAAAUAAAUGGACAACCUGAACAGUGCUCUGGACCUGGUGCACCUUGUAGUAAAUCGUCUUAUACUUGUCAACUUUCAUAUACUUUAAAUAAUUUGUAUGUUUGUUGUGGCCCUCCUAAUUCUGCAAUUGUUUGUGCUGAUGGAAGAGAAACUUAUCACCAAGAAUUUGGCAAAACCGUCCAAUGUAAUCCUAUGAGUCUUUACAGUCAAUGCCCAAGUGGUUUCGAAUGUGCACUUUCAAAUGUGCCUGCCAUGCAUGUUUGUUGCCGUCGUAUGGAUGCUCCUUUGCCGGGUGGCGCGCCAUUACCGCAAGCUCAAACCGAUAUUCCUCCACCUCCAUUUGUACCACCAUCAUCAUCUUCUGCCACAUUUCGUCCUCCAAUUGAAGAUUUAGGAUGCCCGCUUGGCUGGUCUGCCUAUGAAGACCAUAGGGGAGCUCAUCAUUUCUGUCAAGACACAUUGGACAUGACUUGUCCACAUGGGUUUUCAUGCGCCCAAUCAUCUGUCGAGGGUAUUUUUAUGUGUUGUCGUCUAGCCUCUCCUAUUCAAUGCCCCCAAGCUUAUUCUACUCUAAUGGUGAAUAACAGUCCAAGACUUUGCUCUAUCGCGGCUAGACAAAUUAGCAGCAGUGCUUCUCCACAACCUGCUUCGGAUAGAUUUGGUGGAUUAUUGCGCCAACAACAGACAAUAUCUUCAACUUCAUUAUCAACAGGGCAAAACAACAAUCAUUGUCCAAAUGGCUAUACUUGCAUGCAAUCUUCAGUUGUUAGUAAUUAA